AUGGGCAUCUCAAGCUUCCUCCUCCUCGGCCUCGGGGGCGCCUCUCUGGCCGCGAGUCAGUCUUUCCAGUCGACGCCCGUCAUGGGAUGGAAUUCGUACAACCAGGUCGCCUGCAGCCCGACCAAUGCCGGUAUCACAGCCGCCAUCAAUUCUAUGGCUGACCGAGGCUUCGUCACCGCGGGCUACAAGUACUUCCAGGUCGACUGCGGUUGGGCAUCCAGAGACGGCCAGCGAAAUGCUACAACGGGCGCGUUGAAGAUCGACGCCACCGCGUUUCCUCAGGGUCUCAAGCCCUUGAGCGAUCUCGCGAGGUCCAAAGGCAUGAAAUGGACCAUGUACUCUGACGCCGGCGUGCGCAUGUGUGACACCCAGGUCCCGAGUCCUGUCGCGGGCUCACUCGGUCACGAAGCCGCCGACGCCGACUUUUUCAAGACACUCAACACAGAGUAUCUUAAGUAUGACAAUUGCUAUGUGGACGGUCCCAACUCAUCGCAGAAUGCGCCCAAAGACCCGCGAACCGAUUUUGUAUCGCGUUUCACCGUCAUGUGGAAAGAACUUCAACGGGUCGGCAUUCCGGGCAUGCUGAUCUGCCAAUGGGGAACCCCCUAUUCGGCUUCCAGCGGCCUCCAAGGGCCCGCACAAUGGACGAAGGGCAUCUCGACCUCGUUCCGACUGUCAGACGACAUUGCCACGGGCUGGAGCAACGUUUACCGAAUCUACAACCAAGCUAUUCACAUUGUCAAGUCCGGCAUCGUCGGGCCGGGCAACAUCGCUGAUGCUGACCUUCUCGAAGUCGGCAACACUGGCAUGACUUUUGACGAGCAAGCCACUCACUUUGCGUCCUGGGCCAUGCUCAAGUCUGCGCUUAUGAUUUCCACCAAUCUUGCCGCUCUCUCUGAUCAGGCCGUUGCCGUCUUGCAAAACAAGGAUCUUAUCGCCAUCAACCAGGACUCAGCCGUCAAGCCCAUCAAGCUAGUUCAGCGCUGGACAGGAAAUCGCGACCUCUGGGCCGGUGACCUCGCCAACGGAGAUGUCGCCGUCCUUGUCGUCGACCUGAGCAAUGCGGCCCGCACGCUGACUGUCCAGCUCGCCGAUCUCGGCAUCACCUCCGCCACGGUCAAGGACCUCUGGACGUCAAAGUCGGUCACCAACGCCAACAGCUACUCUGCGCAAGUCAACGCUCACGGUUCCCUCGCACUUCGCCUCUCCAACAUCCAGCGCUCAACCGCCGCCGGCCCGAAGUACAACUACGUCUCCGUCGCCACCGGCUCGCUGUCAUCCGGCGCGAACCUGCAGUCCUGCUCCGGCUGCACGUCCUCUAACAAGGUCGGCAACCUCGGCGGCUCCUCCAACGGCCGCGUUGUGCUGUCCAACGUCUCGACGUCAAAGGCCGGCACGCAGACCGUCCUGUUCGACUACAUCAACGGUGACGUCGGGUACCUGGGAGGCAGCAACAACGAGAGGCUGGCGUCCAUCAGUGUCAACGGGGGCGCCGCGCAGACGGUCAGCUUUCCUCUCAGCGGGUACAACUGGUCCGCAGAUGUUUUCAAGGGAUACGCAGUUGAGUUGACAGGUUUCACCGCCGGCGGCGCCAACACCAUUAGCAUUUCGGGCGUGGAAAGUGCUUGGGCACCGGACUUUGACCGGGUAGGCUUAGCUGCGUAG